AUGUCUUCCUCAUCUGAAGACCAAGGAGCUCUGUACGACCACGAGUGGAUCUAUUCACGUGGCAGGCGCCUCACACUAGUUUCCCACCGGCCUCUUGCCCCCUACGGCUCGCAUGUCUACCCACUACCAGGAACUAAGACAGACAUGGAAAACGAAGGGGAGGAGCUUAUGUUGUCCGAGGACGAGAAGGCCAUGUCGGUCACUCAACUGGUUUUUGCACCCGGCAACGAGCCCCAGAAAGGCAAAACGUUCCAGAACGACAAGAACGCCGAGAUGGAGGUUCAGAUUGCCGACAUGGUUUGCGGCAGCCCGGGUCUCGGCUACAGCCCCGGUCCCCAGAAUCUCAAGUGCUACGUCACCAAGGCACCCACAACCUCUCCGAUCAAGGGCUACCAAUUGCCUACAAAGGGGCAACUUCUUUUUCUGAAAGUGUUCGAUCCCCUCUUUUGGUACAAGGCGCUUGGUUAUUCGGAAAGUGAGAUGAAGGUGACGAGGCUUGCAGACUCGUCGUUCAGCGACGAGUUUGGAGCCUACCAAUUCCUCCACGAAAAAGGGCUUGCUCCUUCGACACUACUGCUUUCACACGCACCGGACUUUUUCGGAGGAUGGACUGCAAACGUGACGAGUUUGAACGAGAAGUUCUCUAAGAAAUCUCGUCCCGUUGCCGUUCUCACACUCGAAUACAUUGAAGGCGUGUCAAUGAAAGGCCUGUUUACGCCCCUUGGCCCUACUCGGGGAACAGUCAAUCUGUAUCAGGACCAGCCGUCAACACGAAGGAGCUUCGAAACCGACCAAGACCAACGGAUGGAGAUCCUCUCACAGCUCUUGCACGGCAUCGCUUCGCAAGAAAAGCUUGGCCUCGACAAUGCUAGGCUUGACCCUAUCAACGUCAUUUUGACUGUGAAAUACUUGAAAAAACCGAUGCAAAAGCCGCGAGCGGUUCUGGUGGGCUAUGGAGGGUCGAUUGUCGACCAUCUGCGGACAGAGCCUGUUGAAAUGUGGAAGGACUUCCCGAAAAAGGUUCACCCCUUCACACGAUUCUCGUGGGAGGUGCUGGAAGAUCUAGGUUUUGUAGGUUGGAUCCCAACCGAAUGGCGUCCAGACAACGACGACGAAGGCGUUUCCUGUGAUCUCGAUUUGUGGAUGCUCAACAAAUUCGGUUCCAUCAGGAACAUAAUUAACACAGAGUACACGACGUGGCCCGAAAAGACACCGGAGGCUGAGGAAGCUAGCACCGGGUCCGAGGAAAUUGGCACCGGGUCCGGGGAACAGCCUUAG